CCGGAAACACUUUUAUUUUGAAGGUCUUCGCCGGAUGUAUCCCCAGGUGUGUUUUACGCUCUGCGCUCUUGUCCCCCACUCAUUGAUUCAGCAGGUAGAAGAGACGCGGACUCCAAGUCAACAAUGUUGGGUAACAGAUCGUUGUUGGCGGCUUUGAUCGCUCUGGCUGUUGGAGUUUACCUGCUGCCUUCUCCCAUAGACCCCAAACCACAUGUACUGAAGGGGCCUCCUCCGGCCCUCGAGGGGCCGCUGGCUGUCAACACCCGUCUGCAGAAGGGCCACAGGCUGUUUACUGGGAAACUACACGGACCAGAAUCCUUCACUGCUGAUGAGGAGGGUAAUGUGUACACGGGGACAGUGGACGGGAAGCUGUGGAGGAUCGGCCCUGAUGACAGCCUCACCCUCGUCACACAGAUGGGACAGAAUUUACCAGAAUGUGGCAGCAGUACAGACUAUGAGCCUGUGUGCGGCCGUCCUCAUGGUGUUCGUCUGGAUCGUCACGGUCAGCUGAUAGUUGCUGACUCUUACUUUGGGCUGUAUAGCAUCAACCCCACAACUGGAGAAAAGACUCUGCUCCUUGCAAACUCACAGGGUGCUGAUGGCGUUCCCUUUGCCUUCCUAAAUGGCCUGGAGAUUUCCUCCCAAACUGGGAUCAUUUAUUUCACAGACUCUUCCAGUCGCUGGGGACGUAGACAUGUUAGACUGGAGGUGAUCGAGCUGAACAGCCUCGGCCGUCUUCUCUCGUACGAUCCUGAUACAGGCAGCGUGAAGGUCCUGCUGGACUCCCUCUACAUGCCCAACGGCAUCGUCCUGUCGCCUGACGAACGCUUCCUGCUGCUCGCAGAGACCAGCAUCGGACGCUUGCUGAGAUAUUGGCUGAAGGGCCCGAAGGCUGGUACCAAGGAGAUCCUCAUGGACAACAUGAUCGGAUACCCGGACAACAUCCGCCUUAGUGACCAUGGAACAUUCCUGGUUGGCAUAACUACGCCACGGUUCAAGAAGGCCACGCCUCCCUUCCUGGACAUGAUCGCCCCGUACCCGGCUGUCAAACGCUUCCUGGCAAAGGUGAUUCCUCUGAGCUGGUACAACCUUCUGCUACCGCACUACGCUCUGGUCCUCGAGCUGGGGUUGGACGGCGAGAUUGUGGGAUCACUGCACGACCCUGAAGGCCGCCUGACGUGGGCCAUCAGCGACGUCUUCCAGCACCGCGGGAGGACCUACCUGGGCAGCACCGACCUGCCGUUCCUGCCCGUCCUGGAGGGAUGGGAGAGCUCAUGAUGAACCCCAAAAAACUAAAUGUAGGCUAAUUGAAUGUUAUUUUUUUGACAGUUUAAAGAUUCUGUACGUGAUCGAGCAGCUACGGGGACAUUAGUGGCGCUUUUGGAUUCUACGUUUUUUAAGGUUUUUAAUUGACAGCGACAUGUGGAUGCUGCAUUGAUCAAACCUGGAUAUUCUGGUUUUAGGUCAGACCCUGUCACCCACUAAUGACCUGAGAGGUGAACUGAGCUCAUCUUAAAGAUGUUAUUAGAAAAGUGAUGAAAUUCUUUUUGAUGGCAUAAAAUUGACAUACUUUUCAGCUCAAAAAUCAUGAGCUAAUAAUAUAAUGCCGUUAAAUUAUAGAAAUAGGUAAGUUCUCCAGCAUUUUUUAUUAUUGCAUUCCAUUCAAAUGAUCAUGCUCACGACAGACGGUGUAAAAGUAUAAAAACCGAUGCAGCAUGCAGCUCAUUCUUCUGCUUUCAAAACCUGGCUCUUACAUUACCCACAAUCCAACCACCGACAGUUUGGUCAGAAAUUCAGGUGUGUUACGUUAGUAGUGGCUAAUGUAGCCUCGGGUCAUAACCCUGCAGCAGAGGUGUAGUGAGCUCUUCUUCUUCUUCUCUCCUGGCUGGAAGGAGACGCUGAGAGGUCGGAUAUUUUGGCCUUUUAACUGACACAAUCAACAAAGUCGCAGCAAGCAUGCAGCAGAUAUCAAACAGAAACUUCAGAUGUGAUAAAUAGAUGUUGUGUUUGGACUGGAUGUCUGCCGACGAGCAGCAGAAGAAACCGAGAGUCCAUCAACCUUCCCUCCAACUGGAAUUAAACCAAGAGAUUUAAUGACAUUAGCUACAGUAUUUACCUACUUUCUUCCCAGCCGUCUUCGAUUUUAACAGACACAUCCUUAAUAGUUCAGGUUUUUUGUUAGCUACAGGGAGCUUAAACUGAUUUGGAGUAGUGAUUUCUGAAUGUUUGGACUACUUUUAACCUCCCUACAGGCCUAGGUUGCCUAAAUACACUUUUUCUGUGAGGAUUUUAAAUGAAUGUUGGAAAUUUUAAUGUUAAACUGUCUUAAAAAUCUAUACUAUAUUAAUUUCAUUCUGGAAUGUCAAAUUUUUAAAUAAAUAUUUUAUAUUAAUUUUACAAUUCAGUGAGACUCUGAAAUAACCAAUGUGUUUCAAAUAGAGCUGAAACAAUAAAUAAGUUGUUUUGAAAUGCUAAA